AUGUGUCAGGGAUUGCAUUUCAUUCAUUUAGUCAUUGAUGCAGUAAACCGAAUCCGAAGCAACGCGUUGAAUACGCGGUUAUUUGCGCAGUUGUGUGAAGAAAAUGACAAACACUUUCAUCAAUUACUCCUUCACACUGAAGUACGCUGGCUGUCGAAAGGCUUAUGUUUGACAAGAUUUUUUGCACUUUUUGAGACUAUUUUAGAAUUUCUGGAUAUUAAAGAUACAAUUUUAAAAGAAAAUUUAAUGAAGAGGAAAACAGACAUCGCCUAUUUAACAGAUUUGUUUACAAAAUUUAAUAUGGGUAAUUUGCAAUUACAAGGCGGCAGUUUAAAUUUGAUUAAAACAAAGUUCAUCUUAUCAGCGUUUCUUGCCAGAGUUAAACUAAUGAAGCAAAAUAUUGGACGGGGCGAAUUUUCUCAGUUCCCCAAUUUGUCACAGACAAGCUGCCAGGAAGACGACGUUUCAACUUACAUUCAACAUUUAAAUGCCCUCUAUUCAGAUUUUGAAUCUAGGUUUGAGGAUAUUUUGACUAUGGUAAUACCACCCUGGAUUAUUAAUCCAUAUGGUGACAUAGAAGAAACGAAUGUCAUAAUACAAGAGGAACUGACUGAACUAAGUAGAAACGAAGAACUUAAGGUUGAGUUUAAAAACGGAUAUCAGCAAUUCUGGCUGCAAACAACAUACCCGUUACUUAUCCCGUAUUAUGGAAUAUAG